ACCCUAAUUAAAAACCUUCACCUGUUUUUGUUUUGUAUUGUUUUUCAUGUUCCCUAUAUAAAUAAAUACUGGUUUCUGUUGAUUUCACAGUCUAAACCAGCAGCAAAGCAAAUCCUGUUUCUUCUCUCAGUGAAAACCCCAUCAGUUGAUUUUUUUUUAUUUCCAUGGCUUCUCUUGUUCUUUUAUUGUCUGAACUUGUUCGUCACCAUGAACCAAACUUUGGUCUUGUAGCACCAUCUACCCCUUCUUCUUCAUGUGGUGCUUCAAUGUCUUGUACUGCCAUUGAUGCCAGCAAGUACGAAGCAGAUAUUGUAGAAGAAGAUCCACAAGAGCUAAAGGUUUCUGUUGACCUCGUCUGGCCGUAGUGUUCCAUUACUAUGAUUUGAUGCAUGCAUGCAUGCAAGCCAGAUUUCUAUGGUUUCUGAGCUCAUUUUUGGCGUGUCAUCAUUUUAUUACAUGUACAAAACUAGGAAGAAUAAUGUCUUUAUGUAACACAACUGAACCCAACUUGGGUUUCAAUUAAUGUAUUUAAUCUUUUUCAUUCUCUUUGUAGAAUGAUUGUUAAUCGUUUCUUGUAAUUUGAAUUGUCUAUUCUUUAUGCACAUGUUGAUUCCAACAACAAAAAGGUGUAAGGCUGUUAAUUGGUAAGAACCCAGAUCUGUAAAAAAAUUUACACUGGAUUUUUUAUCAGUCUGGGACAUGAACCUUUGUAAAAAAAAAUGAAAGGACCAAAAUUGAUAUUUUGAAUGUUUUUUUUUCUGCUUUAACAUCCAAGUUAACCCUGGCCUUAUCUAUUUCACUCAAUGACCACAAAACAAAAACCAUGGCUGCUCUUCAACAUUCAUGGCUUUCAUCUCUCAAAACCACUGCUCUUUUCUCUUCCACAAACCAACACAAGAGUUCUCUUUUCAAGGUUCCAUUUUCUCAGAAUUGGAGCCAAUCUAGUGAUGAAGCUUCAAACCCUGAGUCACCUAACUCGGAAGAAGCUGCUCCUGUUGACCCUGUGAAGCUUGCUUUUGAAAAGGCUAAAGCUUAUAAGAAAACCAAAGUGAACCCGGAUGGGGAUUCGAGUCCAGCUUCAGUUAAGGUUGCAAAGGAGAAGACAAGCGAGUACAAGGAGAAUGGAAGUGAGAGCAUAAUUGCUUCUGUGAAGAAAACUGGGAGUGAGGGUACCUCACAGCAAAGGAAGAUUAUGGAAAAGAAGGUUCAGAAGCCGGAAAAGUUGUCGAUUUCGAGCAUUGAUUUUGUAGGGCUCGAGUUUGCUGAUAAGAAAAAGAGCAGAGGGCUACCACCUGGAUUGGUUCCAAUUUCAGAUCCUUUUCCAGAAGGUGAUUUGCCUGAUGUUGAGAUUCUUGUUGGGGACACAAGCCAAUUUGGGGAGGCUACAAUGCCUGAGACGAAGCCAAGCACGGAAGAAGAAGAUUCGGAGUUUUACAAGCCGAAGGUAUCAACAUGGGGAGUCUUUCCUAGGCCCGGCAACAUCUCGAAGACGUUCGGUGGUGGAAGGACUAUUCGACCCGGGGAAGUGCUCGAGACAGAACAAGAUCGAGAAGCUAAAAACGAGCGCACAAGGCAAUUUCUUGCUGCAUACAAGAAGAAAGUUGGGUUAAAUGUUGACCCAAAGCUAAGAUCUGAAUGUGAGAAGGCAUUGGAGGAUGGCGACUCGUUGAUGAGUUCUGGGAAGCUUAAGGAAGCUUUAACGUACUACGAAAGAGUAAUGGAGAAGAUGCCGUUUCAGAGUGAACUUCAUGGAGUAGCUGCUUUGCAGUGGUCUAUAUGUCAAGAUUCACUUAGUAGGCCGAAUGAGGCUCGAGUUAUGUAUGAGAAGCUGCAGUCUCAUCCAAAUCCCAAAGUAAGCAAGAAAGCAAGCCAGUUUAUGUACAGUUUCAAGGCCAUGGAAAUGAUGAAGGUAACAGGCUCAAACUUUUCACUAAAGAACACAGGGUACCAAAAUUACUUUGAGGCAUUUAUUGAAGACAAAGCCAAUUACACUGCAAAUGGGUCUGAAUUCACAGAAGGUGCAUUGAAUCAAGUCCUACCAUAUAUGAUUUUACUUGUUUCUCCCAUUGUUGCUGUAUUGGUCAUUGCUGUACAGAAAGGGUAUACAAAUUAGUAUUAAACCAAGGGAGACUAUAACUCACACAUAUUGUACAUGUUUCAUUAUGUACCAAUACAAUAUGAUGAUAUAAUAUACCAGGUUGGCUUGUUGUUACUAA